UUCUCUAGCCUACAAAAACACAUACUGAUCACAAAUGUUAACAAAGACACACACCAUUAGUGAGUUUGAGCUUGGAAGACUCAACCAUGGCAGUAGGAGUAGCAGUAGCAAGCCAAGGCGGGCAAUACAAUGGCGGAAUGACAAGGCUUGUUGUCCUAUCUUGCAUGGUAGCAGCCAUGGGAGGAGUCAUAUUCGGCUAUGAUAUUGGAAUAUCAGGGGGAGUGACCUCCAUGGAGCCAUUUCUUAAGAAGUUCUUCCCUAAAGUUUACACUAAGAUGAAGGAAGAUACUAAUAUUAGCAACUACUGCAAAUUUGAUAGCCAACUCUUGACUUCAUUCACUUCUUCACUCUAUAUUGCCGGCCUAUUCGCUUCCUUCUUUGCUUCUGCCAUCACCGGAGCCUUUGGUCGCAAGCCAUCGAUUCUGGUCGGAGGCGCUGCAUUCCUCGGUGGUGCAGCCCUCAAUGGUGCUGCAACUAAUAUAUACAUGCUGAUAUUUGGUCGUGUUCUGCUUGGUGUUGGAGUUGGUUUUGCAAAUCAGUCAGUGCCUCUAUAUCUAUCUGAAAUGGCACCAGCAAGAUACAGGGGAGCAAUCAACAAUGGUUUCCAAUUCUGUGUUGGCAUUGGAGUACUCUCAGCUAACCUUAUCAAUUACGGUACUGAAAAGAUCAAAGGCGGCUGGGGAUGGCGAGUCUCUCUGGCCCUGGCCGCAGUACCAGCCUCACUGCUAACUUUUGGAUCACUAUUUCUCCCAGAAACACCCAACAGCCUUAUUCAGAGAAACAAUGACCACCACAAAGCCAAAGUUAUGCUACAACGGAUCCGCGGCACCCCUGAUGUUCAAGCUGAGCUGGAUGAUCUUAUCAAUGCAAGCUUGAUAUCGAAAACCAUUCACAAUCCAUUCUUGAAUAUCUUGCAGAGGAAGUAUAGGCCGCAACUGGUGAUGGCAAUAGGCAUACCAUUCUUUCAACAAGUCACAGGCAUCAAUGUCAUCUCUUUUUAUGCACCAAUUCUGUUCAGGACAAUUGGUUUAGGUGUAAGUGCAUCACUCUUGUCCGCGGUUUUGACCGGGGGAGUUGGGAUCAUCACGACGUUCAUUUCGAUGCUUUUAGUCGAUAAACUUGGCCGGAGAGUUCUGUUCAUGUUUGGAGGGAUACAAAUGUUGGUGUCACAGAUUGCAAUUGGAGCAAUCAUGGCUGCACAACUAGGUGAUCAAGGUGUGCUAAGCAAAGGCUAUUCUUAUUUAGUAUUGGCUCUGAUAUGUAUAUAUGUUGCUGGGUUUGGACUGUCAUGGGGUCCAUUGGGAUGGUUAGUUCCUAGUGAGAUUUUUCAGCUGGAGAUCCGGUCUGCCGGACAAAGUAUCGUUGUGGCAGUGAAUUUUCUCUUCACUUUCAUUGUUGCACAGGCUUUCCUGACUAUGCUUUGCCACCUCAAGUCUGGGAUUUUCUUCUUCUUUGGAGGAUGGGUGGUGGUGAUGACUGUGUUUGUGUACUUUUUGCUACCAGAAACGAAAAAUGUCCCGAUUGAGAAGAUGGAUAUGGUCUGGAGAGAUCACUGGUUCUGGAAGAGAAUUGUGGGUGAUUAUGAGAGCAAAGAAUCUGCUUGUUGAAGUUCAAUCAUGUUUUAAGCUUGUGUAUUCAUACAUUUUGGUGCUUACUUGCAUAAAGCUCAAGAAAGAAUGUGCAACUGUAACUUGGAAUUGCCAAAAGAGGAAGAAAACUGUAACUUAGAAUUGUAAAACAACAGCAUAUCAAACCCAGCUGGGGUUCAAAUUCAAGAUCCAA